AUGGUCCACUGUGGCUCGAAUUUUGGUUCUGGAAAAUCCACCAUGUCAGUGGUUGCAACUAAUGACCCAGCAAUCCCUCAAGUUCCCUUCAUGACGGCACGGAUUUUCGAAUCACCAUAUACCUAUAGUUUUCUGGUGUCUUCUGGUUGGAUUUUCCUCAGGUUAUAUUUUUAUCCGGCUUCUUAUUCGGGUCUUAAUAUAUCAGAUGCCCGAUUUGGCGUGACAUCCCAAUCCUACACCUUGCUUAGGAACUUCAAUGUUCUUGAGACCACUUUGGGUUCAAAGGAUCAUUAUGUUGUGACUGAAUAUUUCAUCCACAUUGAUGGAGGUACAUUGAACGUAACUUUUACUCCAUCUACCACUGCAAUUAAUGCAUAUGCAUUUGUCAAUGGGAUUGAGGUCAUGUCGAUGCCUAAUAUUUAUACUUCCACUGAUGAUGAUGUCCAUGUGAUUGUUGGUAUUAGAAGUGUCUUCACCAUUGACAACAUAACUGCACUUGAGAAUAUUUAUAGGUUAAAUGUGGGUGGGAGUAAUAUUCCAGGUUCUCGUGAUACUGGCAUGUUUAGGUCUUGCAGUGCUGACGCGUCUUUCAUACUACAAACUGCAUUUGGAGUUGUGAAUGGUGCUAUAGAAGUGAAUAUUGAGUAUCCUCCAAGAACAUCGUCUUAUAUUGCUCCGACUAUUGUUUUCUCCUCGGCCAGAUCGAUGGGUCCAAACGCCAAUAUCAAAAUGGGUUACAACUUGACUUGGACAUUCUCAAUUGAUUCUGGGUUUGCCUAUCUUGUGAGACUUCACUUUUGUGAGGGCACCACGGUGAUUACCAAAGUUAAUCAAAGAGUAUUCAAAAUAUUCCUCGCUAAUCAAAGUGCUUUUAAUACGGCUGAUAUUGCCUGGGCAAAUACUUUUAACCUUCCACAAAAUCUUAUCCUAAUAUUUAAUUCUGAAGAUUUUAAGCCUACGGACGAAAUACUCUUAUAUUGUGGUGGCCCUUUUCUUAGUUUGAAUCUUGAUGGCCGUUCAUGGUCCACUGAUCGUGGCUCGAAUUUUCGUUCUGGAAAAUCCACCAUGUCAGAGGUUGCAACUAAUGACCCUCCAGUCCCUCAGGUUCCCUUCAUGACGGCGCAGAUUUUUGAAUCACCAUAUACCUAUAGUUUUCCGGUCCCUUCUGGUUGGAUUUUCCUCAGGUUGUAUUUUUAUCCGGCUUCUUAUUCUGGUCUUAAUAUAUCAGAUACCCGAUUUGGUGUGACAUCCCAAUCCUACACCUUGCUUAGGAACUUCAGUGUUCUUGAGACCACUUUGGGUUCAAAGGAUUAUUAUGUUGUGAAGGAAUAUUCCAUCCACAUUGAUGGAGGUACAUUGAACGUAACUUUUACUCCAUCUACCACUGCAAUUAAUUCAUAUGCAUUUGUCAAUUGGAUUGAAGUUAUGUCGAUGCCUAAUAUUUAUACUUCCACUGAUGAUGAUGUCUAUGUGAUUGUUGGUAUUAGAAGUGUCUUCACCAUUGACAACAGAACUGCACUUGAGAAUUUUUAUAGGUUAAAUGUGGGUGAGAGUAAUAUUCCGAGUUCUCGUGAUACUGGCAUGUUUAGGUCUUGGAGUGCUGACGCGUCUUUCAUACUAGGAACUGCAUUUAGAGCUGUGAAUGAUGGUAUAGAAGUGAAUAUUGAGUAUCCUCCAGGAACACCGUCUUAUAUUGCUCCGACUAUUCUUUUCUCGUCGGGCAGAUAG